UUCGCCCGCAAAAUGGCUGCGCUCGUGAGUGUCCGCGCGUGCCUGUCCGCUCUGCAGUUGACCUCCCCGAGUUUACUGCACAGCUCCUUUAAACUGUGUGCAGUUCCUCUGAGUCGGAGGAAUUUUGCAGCAGAGGCCAAAAGGGUGUUUUCUCGUGAUAAACCUCAUGUAAACAUCGGGACUAUUGGUCAUGUAGACCACGGCAAGACCACACUUACUGCUGCCAUCACCAAAGUUCUUGCCGAGGCUGGUGGUGCACGUUAUAAGAAGUAUGAAGAUAUUGAUAACGCUCCGGAGGAGAAGGCCAGAGGAAUCACCAUUAAUGCCUCGCAUGUGGAAUACACCACCGCUAACAGGCAUUACGCACAUACAGACUGCCCUGGACAUGCUGACUAUGUCAAGAACAUGAUCACAGGAACAGCUCAGCUGGACGGCUGCAUUCUGGUGGUGGCAGCAACAGAUGGUCAGAUGCCUCAGACUCGUGAGCACCUCCUACUGGCGAGGCAGAUCGGCGUGGAGAACGUGGUGGUGUUUGUGAAUAAAGCUGACGCCGUGGAGGAUAAAGAGAUGCUGGACUUGGUGGAGCUGGAGAUCAGAGAGCUGCUCACCGAGUUUGGCUACGAUGGGGAAAACACACCCGUUGUUAUUGGAUCGGCGCUCUGUGCCCUGGAGAACAGGCAGCCAGAACUGGGCGUUGACGCUGUUAUGAAGCUUUUGGAUGUGGUAGAUACCAAUAUUCCUCUGCCAAAGAGAGAGCUGGAGAAACCAUUCCUGCUGCCCAUAGAGGGAGUCUAUUCUAUUCCAGGUCGUGGUACUGUGGUCACUGGCACACUAGAGCGAGGGGUGAUCAAGAAAGGAGAUGAGUGUGAAUUUGUCGGACACAGUCGUUCCUUUAAGUCUGUUGUCACUGGUAUCGAGAUGUUCCAUCAGUCUCUGGAUCGGGCAGAGGCGGGCGAUAAUCUGGGUGCUCUGGUCCGUGGGCUGAAGAGAGAAGAUGUCAGGCGAGGAAUGGUGAUGAGCAAACCAGCAUCUAUACAGCCACACCAGAAGGUCAAAGCUCAGGUCUAUGUUCUGAGUAAAGAGGAGGGUGGCAGACACAAGCCAUUUGUCACAAACUUCAUGCCUGUCAUGUUCUCUCUCACCUGGGACAUGGCCUGUCGAGUACAGCUGCCAACAGGCAAGGAGAUGGUAAUGCCGGGAGAGGACACAUCUUUAACACUGACCCUCAGACAGCCCAUGGUUCUUGACAAAGGUCAACGGUUCACACUCAGAGAUGGCAAUAAAACCAUCGGCACAGGUCUGGUCACAGAUAUCCUCACCCCAGCAGAGGAAGACAAACACAACUGGGGCUGAGAAAGGAUUGGAGAGGAGUGAAGGGAUGGGAAGAGAAAAUCUUUUGAGACUGUGACUUUCAAAGCCAUGCCAGACUAAAGUUCAAGAAAUCUUGCUCUAGAUUGGUUGAAUGAUGGUUUAUGGAUUGCAAAAUUAAAUCUUUGUGUUCAUGGGAAUGUCUUUGCCCUGGUUGCUAAUAUUUUCACAGGGCUUUAAAUAUUUGCCAACCAAUUUUUGUCAAAAUGCUUUUCCCCAGACUACUUGGUCAAGAAGUAAAGUAUCCUUUAGUUUAGACAUCAAACUAUAAUAUGUUGUGUUUGGAAAGAUUCUUGCCAUGUAAACGCAUCAAAAUGUAUGAAAAAUGCACCGCUUUAUUCACAAGAAACAAUGGCUCAUUUGCAAAAAGCCUUCUGUAUAAUUCAUUGAGUCUUGUUGGUCUACAGACACACAUUUGGUUCUUUGCUGUCUGGUUUACAGUCAUCUGUCUAUAAAAGUGAUUAUACAAAUGUGGCUAAUGUAAUAAAAUGUAUUUAAUAGA